AUGUCCAACCCAUCUGGUCCUUGUUUUGGAAGCGUUAGGACAACCCUUGAUGCCUUGACCCUGAUUCAUGCUGCUCGAGGAGGAAGGGUUCCAUAUAUUUCCCAACAACUCAACAAAGUGCAGUGCAAGGCAUUUGUCAAGAGUGGUGCAAUAUUUAUCUUCAGCCCGGAGGAAAGUAACAUCAAGCGGUGGAUGGAUGGACUGACAUGGUCGACUUCACGCGCUAUCGGAAACUUUCUGUUUUAUCACGAACUAGAUCGUGAUCCGAGUCGAGAUAUCCCUCCAAAAGCAAGUAAGGACUUCAAGCCCAAUGGCUUGAUUAAAAAGGCAAUCACAAUGCAUGUCGCCGAGACUGAAUAUAGGGUGAUAUCCUACUACACCGUCUCCGACCUCGUCAAAGGAGAAUUGGAUACUCCUUGUUCUUCUUCAAUGGCAGUUACGCCAAUGGAUGUACAAACACUUCACAACGAUAAACUGCCAUUCUCACUGCGGUUUGAACAGGACAUUCAGUCACUCAGUUUGAAUGCCUGGCUUUUUCGGAUUGAUAUGACGGUGGACCCAUGGGCAACUAGCAGCGACGGCCGAUCUGCUGCUAGAAAGCCCCAAACCAAGGCCACGACUGAUGAUGCCUCUGUCGUUAGGUCGAAGCGGGGCAAACGCUCCUCAGACGGCAGGUGGUUCCAUGUAGAGUACUUCAAAAAGUCUUAA